AUGUCGAGCUUCACUCUAAAACAACACAACAUUCCCGUGACUCUACCAGAGGGUCUGAAAGAGGAGCAGCUACUGUCAUUUCACCCGUUCGAUACUUGGGUCAAGACCCUCACGAACUCUCUGUCUCUUCAAUCCAGAGACAGCUCUCACCCCUUCCACAGCGACCCUUACAAACUCAAAUCAAUAACUGUCCAGUCCUUCGAUCUUUUCGGUGGCUCCCGACUCGGCUUCCUCAAGCUCACCUCCGAUGUCUCUAACUCUGCUGGCGAGAAGCUUCCCGGGAGUGUCUUCUUGCGGGGUCCGGCCGUUGCGAUGUUGGUCAUAUUGAUACCCGACGAUGCGCCGCCUACGACGGACGAGCGGUACGUCCUGCUCACUGUGCAGCCGCGGAUUGCGGCAGGGAGUCUGGCAUUUGUGGAACUACCGGCUGGUAUGGUCGAUGACGCUGGCCAAUUCGCCGGCACUGCGGCGAAGGAGAUACAGGAGGAGCUGGGACUGGAGAUACCGGCGAGCGAGCUGAAGUGUCUCAGCGAGAUGGCAGCAGAGGGCACGGCGAGUGACAAGAGCGAUGAGUCUGAGGGACUGCCGCAGGCUGUGUAUCCGUCCCCCGGUGGAUCUGACGAGUACAUACCAAUCUACAUGCACGAACGACGGGUACCGCGAGAACAACUUAGCGAGUGGACAGGAAAGCUGACGGGCUUGCGGGAUGAGGGCGAGAAGAUCACGUUGAAGCUGGUGCGCAUGCAGGAUCUCUGGCGUGAAGCUGCGAGAGACGGUAAGACUCUUGCGGCGCUGGCGUUGUGGGAGGGACUUAGGAGGGAAGGCAAGCUAUGA